UUGCAGUCUCUCGAAAAACAAAGAUCUUCUCUUCCUGGUGGAAGACUCCAGAGACCCUUUUCCCAUCGCCUAUAUAAACCCAACAUUCCUGAUUCAACUCAAAACUCGACAAUCAAAUAAACGUCGCACCAUAUCAAACACACUUAAAUUCACUAUCUGCUAUUUCUCGAUUCAAUCAACAAAGCCCACUUCUAUAAAGUACAAACCACAAAAAUGCCGAUGUCCAAAAUGCAUAAGAUCACCUUAUUUGCUUUGACAGCAUUAAUCGCAUUGAUUACGAUAAGCUUACCUACAAAAACAGAGGCUCUAAUCCCCUACAACAGACCUCUUUGGGACAUGAUGAUCCCAACCGAAGACCCAUUCAAGGUUCUGGAACAUAACCCACUUCAGCUUCCGAAAAACCUUGAAACGAUCAACUUGGCACGAGCCGACUGGAAGGAGACAUCCGGACAUCACGAGAUAUCCUUGGAUGUACCAGGGUUGAAGAGGGAGGACAUAAAGAUCGAGGUGGAAGAGAGCAGAGUCUUGAAGGUGAGCGGAGAGAGGAAGGCUGAGGAGGAAGUCGACGGUGAUAAGUGGCAUAGGGCGGAAAGGACGAGUGGUAAGUUCUGGAGGCAGUUCCGGUUGCCGGGGAAUGUGGACAUGGAGAAGAUAAUGGCACAUCUUGAAGACGGCGUGUUGAAGAUCAAGGUGCCGAAGUUGGCUCACGAGAAGAAACAAUCUAGGGUUAUUGAUAUCAUGGGCCAAGAGAGCUCUGGUGGGGACAUUAAGGCAACGAAGACUGCUGCGUGAAUUUUAUCAUAAUAUAUAAUAUUGGUUAAUGUGUGUCUGUUUUAGUAAUGUGUCUGUUUUGAUUUUCCUGUUGUAUUGAAGGACGAUGUUGGUAAGCUGUAUUACAUAAUCUAUUCUUUAUACGUCA